UUUGGUUACAGUAAUUAAUGAAUUGUUUAUAAUGCAAAGCAUUUAUUGGACACUUGCACUCACAUUUCCGUUUGCAAAAGACAAGCAACAACAAAAAGAGCCAGAACCCUGCGCGGGCUUGAUGUUAGUGCGCGCAGGUUCCUCCUCGCGCUGUCAUUGGUCCGCACCUCCUCCUCCUCCUCCUCCAGCAGCAGUCAUGGCUCAGGAUGCACCUCUGGUCUGCAGCUCACCUCUUACCUCCAGGAUUCCUCUUCAGUCUCACAGCUCGGUCUGAUGUGGAGCACGCGCCGAACCCAUUCCGUCAACAGCUGCUGUGAGAUGGUCCGGGUCUGCCAUGGCGAAGGGUCUGCUUCCAUGGGGGGUCCUCAGAAAGCCUCUGUACGUCCAGGCCAGGUUCUCCUACCUACACAUGAAGUACCUGUUCUUCUCGUGGCUGGUGGUGUUUGUGGGAAGCUGGAUAGUUUACGUGCAGUACUCGUCUUACACAGAGCUGUGUCGAGGGCAUGACUGCAAAAACUCCAUAUGUGACAAAUACAGAAAAGGAAUCAUCGACGGCUCAGCCUGCAGCAGCAUGUGUGAGAAAGAAACACUUUACCUCGGAAAGUGCUUCACUGCCAAACCCAGCAGUCAGGUUUACUCAGGGAACUGGGGAGAUUUGCAGGGAGUAAUCAAGUGUCAGAUGGAGGAGGCCCCUCACUAUGAGCUGGGAGGUGAGAUGGAGCCCAGGAAGGAAGCCGCUGCUUUUAACAAGCCCACCAAGGGAACCUCAGUGGAAAAGUUCAGAGAGAUGAUAAUCAACCACCUAAAGGCUAAAGUGGGGGACCAGGCCAACCUCGCAGACCUGGCAACCCAGGUAUUGUCCAUUGCAGAUGCCAAUAAGGAUGGUCACAUCUCACUGCCAGAGGCUCGCUCCAUAUGGGCUCUGCUGCAGCUCAACGAGUUCCUGUUGGCGCUGGUGUUGCGGGACCGGGAGCACACGCCCAAGUUACUUGGCUUCUGUGGCGACCUGUAUAUGAUGGAGAAGGUGCCGUACUCUCCUCUGUAUGGGAUCAGCGUGCCUUGGAUCAUUGAGGUGUGGAUUCCUGCCGGUCUGCGCCGCAGCAUGGACCAGUGGUUCACUCCCUCGUGGCCUCACAAGGCCAAGAUCUCCAUAGGCCUGCUAGAGCUGGUGGAGGACAUCUUCCACGGCACUUUUGGCAGUUUCCUCAUGUGCGACGUGAGCACAACUACGUUUGGUUACAACGACCGGCAUGACUUUAAAGUGAUGGACGCCCGCUACAUCAUCCCUGAAGCCACCUUCCAGGAGAGAAUCCGACAGCAGCGCUGCGAUGUGGACGAGGACUGUCUCUACGGGACCGACUGCCUCACUAGCUGUGACCUCACCAAGCACAGGUGCACACCCGAGGUCACCAGGCCGAACCUAGCUAAAGCCUGCGACACCCUGAAGGACUAUAUUUUGAGGGGAGCACCAUCUGACGUAAGCGAGGAGCUGGAGAAGCAGCUGUACGCUUGCAUCGCACUCAAGGGUUCAGUGGAACAGAUGGAAAUUGAGCACUCGCUCAUCUUGAACAAUUUGAAAACACUACUGUGGAAGAAAAUCUCUCAUACGAAAGAUUCUUAAACACUCUGAUGUUACACACUGGUACGACGACCUUUACCUGUCUUUAAAAUGGACAAUCAGUUGUGAUGGGGCGAACAUUCCACUUGGAUUCAACUUCACACGCAUCACUAACAUAUAUUAAGGUAAUAUCUCACUGGGCUGGGACUGUUGAGACUCAAAAAGGCAAAGAAAUGACCUGUUGUUGAGUUCCUGGCAUGGCAAAGCCGUAUUCUAAAAGCAUUCAGUUUACAUGAGUUGCUUACGCACCCUUCCAUGCUGAGUAGACAUAUAUUGAUAUCCACUUACAGGUGCUUCUCAAAAAAAAAAGUGGAAUAUUUUGAUUUUUUUUGUCAAGUUGGUUCAGAAAAUUAAGCUCGUGUAUUACAGAUUCAUUACACAAAACUUCAGUAUCUUAGAAAAUCUGAACGUUAUGGUGCUUUUGGUACUUUGAGAUAAAAGCCACUGCCAAAAGUUUUUGCAGCGUGAGCAGGAAUCAAGUCCUAAUUAACUCUAGACAUGAGCUCCAAAUGUCCCAUUCCUCAAGUCAAGACACUCCUCAGUGGUCCACUGUCCUCUUUUCAGUCUUUUGGAAAUCCAGCUCCAGAGUCUGGAGGAGUGGAGAGGCACAGAAUCCACCUUGCUGAAGUCCAGAUUCUAGUCAGUGAUGGUACACGUCAUCUGCUGCUGUUGGUCCACUGGGUUUCCUGAAGUCCACAGUGUCAACACAGGAAGUUUUGUUUCAUGCAAAGCUUUAGGGAGAUUAUUUUAUUUUCCAGCAGGACUUUGCUCCUGCCUACACUGCCAAAAGUACCAAAAGCUGCCCAUGUAAUAUUUAAAUUAUCUGAGACACUGAAUAUUAGUUUUCAUUAUUUGCAAGCCAUAAUCAUCCAAAUUACAAGAACUAAAGACUUGAACUAUUUUUAGUUUAUGUGUAACCUGAGUUUCUCUUUCUGAACUGACAAUUUUGAACUUUUUCACAAUAUUUAAAUUUUUUGAGAUGCACCAUUCUUUGGUCCCCGUCGUUUAGCUGUAUGCUUCCUAAUGAGGUUGUUUUGGUCACAUUUCAAGGUGUGUCUUUGAGGCAGCUGGUUUCAUCUUUUUAACGCCCAAAGAGAAGCAUUGACUCAUCUCUACAAUCACCUUCACAACCAGUCACACCUUAAAGCAUGUUGGCCUCAUUAGGUUCAACCCAAAUGACUCGAGAUGGAUGGUGAGCAACUCAUGAUUUUACAGUUCUUAUAGCAAUCUUAAGAUCUUAGGAAAACAAGUAGCCUGGCCCUUGCCUUCCUACGCAGCUCCGCUCAAUUCUAUUUUCCCUUCACUGCUCCGUCUGGGAC